AUCAGCCAAUAGUGCAGAGGGUGGACCAUAUGCCCUAUGAAUCUUCUAGGACUAAAGAGUUUUUAAGUAGUGCCUUCAUAGCUGCCAUAAUGUCCGAGUAUGUACUUGAGUCACUCGAAAAGACGUUGGAAACACAUAUUCCUGAUGCGGAACUGAGAGAAAUUAAACACAUUUUAUACGGAAAAGAACUGAAGAAAUUGACACUACCCCAGGCAGCACUGGAUGCCACAUUGGAAAAGGAUUUUGUUCUGCAGGGUUAUGUCUUUGAGGCAGCACCAGAGCAGCUCAGGGCACCUAGAGUUGUGCGGGUGGGACUCAUUCAGAACAAGAUCAUUCUUCCAACUGAUGCUCCUGUACUUGACCAAAUUACAGCUCUACACAAGAGAGUGGGUGAGAUAGUGGAGGUCGCUGCUAUUUGUGGUGUUAAUAUUGUCUGCUUCCAGGAAGCCUGGACAAUGCCUUUUGCCUUCUGCACCAGAGAGAGGGAGCCAUGGACAGAGUUUGCAGAGUCUGCUGAAGAUGGUUUUACCACUCACUUCUGCCAAGAGUUGGCAAAAAAAUACAACAUGGUGAUAGUGUCACCCAUUCUGGAGAGGGAUGAGAUCCAUGGUGGAACAUUGUGGAACACGGCAGUUGUUGUUUCAAAUACAGGGACUGUCCUUGGAAAAACCCGGAAAAACCAUAUUCCACGUGUGGGAGAUUUCAACGAGUCUACAUACUAUAUGGAGGGCAACACUGACCACAGAGUCUUUCAGACACAGUUUGGAAAGAUAGCUGUGAAUAUCUGUUAUGGCCGCCACCACCCACUUAACUGGUUAAUGUAUGGCAUGCAUGGAGCUGAGAUUAUCUUCAACCCCUCAGCUACAAUAGGAGCUCUCAGUGAACCCCUGUGGUCAAUUGAAGCAAGAAAUGCUGCCAUUGCUAAUCACUGCUUUACUUGUGCCAUCAACAGAGUGGGCACGGAAUAUUUCAAGAAUGAAUUCACAUCUGGAGAUGGGAAAAAAGCCCAUCAUGAUUUUGGUCACUUUUAUGGCUCCAGCUAUUUUGCUGCCCCUGAUGGGAGUCGGUCACCAGGUCUAUCCAGAACCCAAGAUGGGUUACUGAUAGCAGAACUAGACUUGAACCUAAACCGACAAAUUGCAGACAAGUGGAAUUUUAAGAUGACAGGAAGAUAUGAAUUGUAUGCUAAGGAGCUUACAAAGGUUGUCCAGCAUGACUUCAAGCCUAAUAUUGUCAAGGAGUAGAUCCUUCUACUUUCUCCCAUUGAAAACAAAGCUUUACCUUUUUUUGUGCCUAAAUCCUAUGGAGGAUAUUUUCAUUUAAGCCAGAAUAAUACAUUUUAUGCAUUUUCACUUGUUAUGCCAUUGUCGGCUGCUGAAGAGCUAUACAAAUAUUAAAUAUCUAUUUGGAUACACAGUCCCCAGAUAGCAUGGUCACACUGAAACAAUGUUGAGUCAGUGUUGAUGCGUCAACAACAAUUACAUUGAAUUAACAGCACCCUCAGUUAAUGUUGAAGCAAUACUGAUAUUUUAACCACAAAUCAAUGGUAAUAAUAUUGAUUAAACAUUACAAAGUGAUAUUAUUUCAACACGUCUUUGGCACUGUUGAUAUAAUGUUGAGAUUUCAGCCACAAAUCAACAGCAAUAGCAUUGAUUCAACAUUACAGUGAUAUUUUUUCUACAUCACUUUUGCACCCUCAGUUAAUAUUGAAAUAAUGUUGAGAUUUCAAUCAUAAAUGAAUGGUAAUAGCAUUGAUUCAACAUUACAAAAUGAUAUUUUUUCAACAUCACUUUUGCACCCUCAGUUACUGUUGAAAUAAUGUUGAAAUUUAGAAUGAAUCUAUAUUAUAUACUACACUAUUAAAUAAACAUUGCAAAGCUA